GGGGAUCGGCGGGCACGGCCGGGUGGCCGGGGCCGGGUUGGGGGCCGGAUGAGACGGUCAUGGUUGAUGUUGCGGGAAGGGGUGUGUGUGUGUGUGUGUGUGUGAGUGCUUGGGUGCUUGUGUGUGGCGCAAGUUGGGGAGACGUUGACUCUCAGUCUCACACCAUAAGGCAGCUUAUUUCCUUUCCUGGGGAGCUUAGGUUGGGACCCUUGUAUCCGUACUCUGGCAAGCCUGCAAGAACGGCUCUUUUCACCCCUUGCUUAGGUCCUUCUAUAUCCGUACGAAGUAAAGAGCGAAGGAGUUUUGGUCGAUCAGGGGGUCGAUUCUUGCGAGUGCGAGACGGGGGAAAGAGAGAGUGCAAGGGGGUAGAAGACUUCGGCAGAGGGAAGGGAGAAAAGUCGGUAACCGGGGCCCUGGUCUACGGUCCCGUUAAGGUUUUGGAUGCCGAGUUAAAGAUAGCGCCCGCUGAAGCGCGUUCGUGCCAAGACAGUGGAACGCCCUUUUUCAACGGAUAUUGUCUGUGUGUUCCCGUUGCGCUUGGCGGCUUUGGUGAUGUGCGGCGCGCGCGUGUGUGUCUCUAGUAUUUUGCCGAUGGGAAAUUAGGUACACCAGCCCACUGUAGGGGGAAAAACAAACUGGAUGAAAGAAUGAUUUGUCGGAUGAGGCUCGUGCUCUGCAGAUGAUGAGGCGUCUAGGGAUAUAGUGUCUGUAUGUGCAUGCGAAGGGUGUGGGUGCAAAAUACGUACAAGAGAGCAACGAAGGGAC